AUGGACAAGCUUUCAGGAAUCGCCUCCAAGCUCGGUGGCAACAAGAGCCACGGCUCUAGCAGCAACACCUCCGGUCAGGGUCAGGAAGACUAUGUCGAUAAGGGUCUCGACUCCAUUGAGAGCAAGCACGGCAUGGACCCCUCCAAAAUGCGCUCAGCCAACGAAAAGAUCACCGAUACUGGCCGGGAGAUGUUUGAAAAGAAGACUGGAAAACAUGUCCCCGAAAAGAUCUCCAACUAA